ACAGAUUAUCAAGGAAACACAGCUCUUCACCUUUGUGGCCAUGUGGAUACUAUUCAAUUCUUAGUUUCCAAUGGACUCAAAAUCGAUAUUUGGUUUUUACUCUCCAUCCCCGUCAUUUUGUUUUUGAAAUGGGUGAAGUGUUUGUUUCAGGCCCGUUUCUUUUCUGUUUCCUUCUUGCACAGUGCCAUGGAAAGCCAUUCUCUCCUCAAUCCCAACCUACAGCAAGGCGAAGGAGUCCUUUCCAGCUUUCGAACCACGUGGCAGGAGUUCGUAGAGGAUUUGGGCUUCUGGAGGGUCUUGCUCUUGAUCUUCGUCAUAGCUUUGCUGUCUCUUGGCAUUGCCUACUACGUGAGUGGGGUGCUACCCUUCGUGGAAAACCAGCCCGAAUUGGUGCAUUAA